AUGUGGCGUACGGAAGACCCACUCCCCGGUGCCGCUCUCGGUGGGGGCCCAAGUCCUUCUGAUCGAGGCACAGCCCGUGGACGGUGUGAGGCCGUCCGCCCGGAGGAUUCAACCCGGCGGUCCCUGGCCGGCCGUGCCGGUGGUUUCUGGCGGAUCUUUCCCGCCCCUCGUUCUUCCCGACCCCUUCCCCCGUCGCCCCGCGAGGGGCGGCGGGCGGGGCCGGGGGUGAGGUGCCGCGGGGGACCGCCCCCCGGACGGAGCCCGGCCGCCGCCGGGCGCAUUUCCACCGAGGCGGUGCGCCGCGACCGUCUCUGGGACGGCUGGGAAGGCCGGGCUUUUCCCUGGGCAGGUGGCUCGGGGGUGGCGGGGGCCGGAGGGGGCCCGGGUCGCCGCGCGGGGGGGCGGCGUCGGGCGGGGACGGCGGGGUUCGCCCUUCCUCCUCGUUCGGCGUCGUCUUUCCGUCGGCGCUCGCCCCUCGCGGGUCCUCCGCCGCCGAAGCCCCCGAGUGUUAUAGCCCCCCGGCAGCAGCUCUCGCCGCAUCCCGGGGUCGAGGAAGAUGACCGCCGCCGCGCUUUCCUCCGCCGGGCCCCUCCGCCGCCCGUCUCCGCCCGUCCGCGGGCGGGGCGGGUGUGCCGGGGCGGGCCCGGGCUCCCGGGGGACGGGGCGCCCCUCCCCCGGCGCGACUGCUCUCCCCGAAACCGGGGCGGACUGUCCUCAGUGCGCCCCGACCGCGUCGCGCCGCCGGGCUCGGGGACCGCCGCCGAACGAGGCGCUCGGGGUCAGCGGCGAUGUCGGCCCCCCACCCGACCCGUCUUGAAACACGGACCAAGGAGUCUAACACGCGCGCGAGUCAGGGGCUCGCACGAAAGCCACCCGUGGCGCAAUGAAGGUGAAGGCCGGCUUCCGCCGGCCGAGGUGGGAUCCCGAGGCCUCGGUCCUUCUUCCCGUCCUGCCGAGGGCGCACCACCGGCCCGUCUCGCCCGCCCCGCCGGGGAGGUGGAGCAUGAGCUCCGCCCGGAGGAUUCAACCCGGCGGUCCCUGGCCGGCCGUGCCGGUGGUUUCUGGCGGAUCUUUCCCGCCCCUCGUUCUUCCCGACCCCUUCCCCCGUCGCCCCGCGAGGGGCGGCGGGCGGGGCCGGGGGUGAGGUGCCGCGGGGGACCGCCCCCCGGACGGAGCCCGGCCGCCGCCGGGCGCAUUUCCACCGAGGCGGUGCGCCGCGACCGUCUCUGGGACGGCUGGGAAGGCCGGGCUUUUCCCUGGGCAGGUGGCUCGGGGGUGGCGGGGGCCGGAGGGGGCCCGGGUCGCCGCGCGGGGGGGCGGCGUCGGGCGGGGACGGCGGGGUUCGCCCUUCCUCCUCGUUCGGCGUCGUCUUUCCGUCGGCGCUCGCCCCUCGCGGGUCCUCCGCCGCCGAAGCCCCCGAGUGUUAUAGCCCCCCGGCAGCAGCUCUCGCCGCAUCCCGGGGUCGAGGAAGAUGACCGCCGCCGCGCUUUCCUCCGCCGGGCCCCUCCGCCGCCCGUCUCCGCCCGUCCGCGGGCGGGGCGGGUGUGCCGGGGCGGGCCCGGGCUCCCGGGGGACGGGGCGCCCCUCCCCCGGCGCGACUGCUCUCCCCGAAACCGGGGCGGACUGUCCUCAGUGCGCCCCGACCGCGUCGCGCCGCCGGGCUCGGGGACCGCCGCCGAACGAGGCGCUCGGGGUCAGCGGCGAUGUCGGCCCCCCACCCGACCCGUCUUGAAACACGGACCAAGGAGUCUAACACGCGCGCGAGUCAGGGGCUCGCACGAAAGCCACCCGUGGCGCAAUGAAGGUGAAGGCCGGCUUCCGCCGGCCGAGGUGGGAUCCCGAGGCCUCGGUCCUUCUUCCCGUCCUGCCGAGGGCGCACCACCGGCCCGUCUCGCCCGCCCCGCCGGGGAGGUGGAGCAUGAGCGUGCGUGUUAG